UCGAUUUCAGUGGACUGUAAUCUCCCAAAGCGGCGAAGCAUCCCGACUUUGCAUUUCUCUCGUUUAGAUUCGGUUCGCCUGAAAAACAUGACUACUCAGAUUAGCAAGAAGCGCAAGUUUGUCGCGGAUGGAGUGUUCUAUGCCGAGCUGAAUGAGGUGUUGACAAGGGAGCUAGCUGAGGAUGGAUACUCUGGAGUCGAAGUUAGGGUGACACCUAUGCGUACUGAGAUCAUCAUUAGGGCCACUCGAACUCAAAAUGUUCUCGGUGAGAAAGGAAGAAGAAUUAGAGAGCUGACAUCUGUUGUUCAGAAACGGUUCAAGUUUCCAGAGAACAGUGUGGAACUCUAUGCUGAGAAGGUUAACAACAGGGGUCUUUGUGCCAUUGCUCAGGCAGAGUCCCUGCGUUACAAGCUCCUUGGAGGCCUUGCUGUUCGGAGGGCUUGCUAUGGUGUUCUCAGAUUUAUCAUGGAGAGUGGGGCCAAGGGAUGUGAGGUCAUUGUGAGUGGAAAGCUCCGUGCUCAGCGUGCUAAGUCUAUGAAGUUCAAGGAUGGCUACAUGAUCUCCUCUGGUCAUCCUGUUAAUGAAUAUAUUGAUUCUGCUGUUAGACACGUCCUUCUUAGGCAGGGUGUGCUUGGUAUCAAAGUUAAAAUCAUGCUUGAUUGGGAUCCUAAGGGCAAGCAGGGCCCUAUGACCCCACUGCCUGAUCUUGUCACGAUUCACCCUCCCAAGGAUGAGGAAGAGUAUAAACUCCCGGAAGAGUAUCAAACUGCGGUUCCCCCAACCAAUAUCGAGAUUCCAGUGGCUUAGGGACACAUUGGGUUUGCCCCAAAUAAGUUUUAAUGUAGUAUUUUGUGUUUUAAGGUUUUUACUCUUUAGAGCAGGACAAUUACUAGAUACCAGAAUGAAAUAUGUUUUGCGGACUUGGCCUUUGUUCAGGUGAAUUUUGUGUGCGUUUGCAUAUUAUAUUUUAAUAGAAUUUUGACUUCUUUUAGGUC